CAAGUGACAGUCCUGAAUAAUGGAUUAUCUGGGCUGCGUGCAAUCACCAUAUUUACUCGCCUGUUGGAUUAUCGGAACACAGCGGCAAGCUUUCUAGACCAGAGAAGAAUGUUGGCGGCUCUUUGGCCAUGCAGAGAUGAGCGAUAGCAUUGCUUCCACAUGAAUUUUCACAGGGGUCCUCAGCAAAGGUCAGAAGUGACAUAUGUAGAGGACUGUGUUCAAGAACUGGCAGUGUUGAUGCAUCUUGAGAAGAAGGUAGUGCAACCAUGCGCUGUGGGCAGUCUGGGUCUGGUGACAGUUGGGAUGAGUGUCCAUAAGAUCCUGAAGUGACAUCAUUAAGGCUGAACUAAACCCAAGUGAAAUACCACAAUGGCAGGCAAUGCCAGCGACAUAGAAGUUCAUUUCAACCCCAACGCAGACGAGAUGCCAGUAGAGGUCACCUUGCGGCGACGCAGCUCGGAGAACAGCCGUACCAAGGGGCGGAGCCUGUGUCCUAAGCUCUUUGAGCGCGCCUCGGGCAGCUGGUGGAAUCCUAAGUUUGACUCGGGCAUCAUUGAGGAGCAAUUCCAGAGCAACUCCUUCUCCCAGAUUCGCCGGCGGUUCCGCUACGCCCUGUGCUACAUCCUGGCCGCCUGUGUGGUUUGGCUGAUAUAUCUGCCAGUCCGCAACACCGUGGGCCGGCAGACGGACCAUCUCUGCCUGAAGGACCAAGAGGACAGUGGCCAGCAGGCUUGGAUUGCAUUUGAGCUGGCCGUGGCGUGCCUGCUGGUACUGUGUGUCAUUCUCCUCAUCUUCACCAUCUCUCACCAUUAUAAGAGUCACUUCCAGAAGGUCUCGGGAGUGCUGUGUCUGUGCCUGUGCGGCCUAACUCUAGUCACUUUUGUGUCGCACAGCUCGGCCGGGACCAGUUCACCCAUGAGCAGUGUAGCCACGUUUGCCAUGUGCAUUGAAACAAUUCUUAUGAUGUACACAUUGAUCCCCAUGCCCUACCUGUACACCCUCAUCCCAAUGUUAAUGUUCUCUGUGGCGUAUGAACUACUGUACUUCCUGUAUGUGGACCCAGAGAGCAGUGAGCAUAGCAUCACCGGCGAGGUCGUCAACAAGCUCUUCCUGCAUGUGUGCGUGCACCUGAUGGGCACCCACGUCUUCUUCAUGACGCAGGUGCGCUCCCGCAACACCUUCAUGAAGAUCGGCCAGGCGGUCAUGGCCCGUCACCAGCACCAAGUUGAGAAGCAGCUGAAAGAGACUACCAUCCACUCCCUCAUGCCCGACUCCAUCGCCCACAAGCUCCUGGAGGAGAAAGGCGAGCGCAGUGACAAGAUCUUCCGGCCUUUCUACAUGGACCUGAUGGAGGACGUCAGCAUCUUGUUUGCGGACAUUGCAGGCUUCACCCGGAUGAGCGCCAACAAGAGCGCCGAUGUGCUAGUGGGUCUGCUGAACAACCUCUUUGGCCGGUUUGACAUCCUCUGCCUGGAGCAUAAGUGUGAGAAGAUCUGCACGCUGGGCGACUGCUACUACUGCGUCUCGGGCUGCCCCGAGCCCCGGCCUGACCACGCCGAAUGCUGCGUCGACAUGGGCCUGAGCAUGAUCGAAGCUAUCAAGGACUUCUGCCAGGAGACUGGGGAGAAGGUUAACAUGCGCGUGGGUGUCCACACGGGCAAAGUGCUGUGCGGCAUCAUUGGCAACCGCCGCUACAAGUUUGACGUCUGGUCCAACGACGUAACCAUGGCCAAUAAGAUGGAGGCAUCUGGCAUCCCGGGCAAGGUGCAUGUCUCGGCACAGACUGCUGAGUUCCUAGGCGACAAAUACAUCAUGGAAGAGAGCAGAGGUGAUCGCCAGGCUGUCUUCCUCGGGGGUAAGACUUAUUUCAUCACUGGGCUAAAGGAGGACCCUUCUUCUAAGCCGGCCCAGAUGGACACAGACGUAGAAACCUCGGCAGACAACGCCAAAGAGCCCCUGAGCAGGGCAGAGAGUAAGGAGGACGAGGCAGGCGAGAAGGGGGAGGUUGCAGGAAGCGAGGCCGGCCAUGGCUCCUCGCCCAAUGGGAACCAGAGUAGCAAGCCCUUGCUGGGAGAAAGCAAGACAGACUCAAGACAGAACAGCCCCGUUUGGAAGCGGAGCUCACCGGGAGCGCGCAAGCCCAAGGCCCUUGAAGCCCCGUCACAUCUGCAGGUUCCUGGUGAUGCCAAAGGGGAGAAUGGGGGCCUGGGCUCCAGCCGAACACUGUCUGUCCGUGACCUGCUGGCUGAUGGUAACCCUCUCAACAUCCCCCUCCACAACAACACCCAGAGCAACAGUGACCAGAACUUUGUGGACUGCAUCAAGCAGGAGGGGGCCACGGACUACUUCCACAAGCCCCCAAUCAGCAACCUGACACUGACCUUCCACAGCAAGAGCAUUGAGGCAUUGUACCGGGCCCAGUUCCGGCAGGACUCCUCCAAGGAGCCCCGCAACCCCGAGACCAGCCGCAAGAACCGGCGCCACUCAUCGGAGACCAUCUCCACAGCCAAGUACAACACUGUGUUUGACGUGGUGGUCUCGUUUGUGGUGUACCUGCUAAUCUCCAUUGGCUGCUUCUUGGUGUUCCAGACUCAGGUGCACUGGUUGAUCAUUUUCCCCAUUGCUGGCGCUCUGCAGCUGGUGGUGCUGUCGGCAGUACUGCUGCAGGCUUUCAGCAAGUGGCGGUCGAAUUUCUACAUGGCCCUGUCUGGCUUCUUCCACCACUGGUGGCCACGCCACAUCCUGGGUGCCAUCCUGAUCAGCUUGCCCAUUCUUGCAGUCUACGCCAACUUCCUCUGCCAGCCAGACUACAACAUCUACACCAAGCAGUUCUUCUGCUUCCUGAUUGUGGUGGCCUUGCUCCACUUCUGCAACUUUGUCCAGCUCAGCUCAUGGAUGAAGACCAUCCUGGCCUUCAUGUAUGCAGUCAUCAUGCUGGUACUCUUCAACCUCAACCCUUGUGACCAGAGGCAACUACCGACCGUGCCGGUUGCCAACAACUCGUUAAAUGACUCUGACGGGCCUGCCGGUUAUGCGGAAAUCCCUGACAUGACUGGAUGCACCUUCGAGGCCAUGGCCAUGGAGGUCAUCAUCGACAUCUUCCUGCUCUUGAUCCUGGUCCUCUUCCUGAACCGAGAAUUUGAGAUCAGCUACCGGCUUAAUUUCUAUGGAGGGGUGGAGGCGGGGCAGGACAAAGAGCAGAUGCAGAUAGAGAAGGAGGAAGCAGAGACCCUGCUGCAUGAGAUCAUUCCCACCUUUGUCACAGAGCAGAUGGGCAGCACUUCCAAGUUCUCUCAGAAUCACGAGAAUGUGGCCGUCAUCUUCUGCAGCAUCGUCAACUUCAUCGACUUCUACGAGGAGGCCUACCAAGAUGGUAAGGAGUGCAUCCGCGUCCUGCAUGAGCUAGUCAGCGACUUUGACAAUCUGCUGAGCAUGGAGGACUUCAAGUCGGUGGAGAAGAUCAAAACCAUAGGGCCCACGUACAUGGCUGCCUGUGGCCUUCACCCACCCUCGGCCGAGGAUGACGGCAACCCGACGAAGUGCCUGAUCAACAUGAUGGAGUUUGCCAUUGAGAUGAUCAAGCAGGUCAAGGUCUUCAACGAUGAGGUCCUCAGCAUCACCAGUGGGGCGUUUAAAUUUAUCCCUCGUAUCGGCUACAAUCACGGACAGCUGACGUCUGGUGUCAUCGGCACAACUAAACUCUUAUACGACAUCUGGGGGGACACAGUCAAUGUGGCCAGUCGAAUGGAUUCCACUGGUCUGGCAGGUCACAUCCAGGUGACAGAACACACCAAGAAGGCCUUAGAGCCCUACUACAUAUUUGAGCACCGUGGCCCCGUCAAAGUCCGGGGCAAGGGGGACAUGACAACAUAUCUUUUUAAAGGAAAGCGUGAUUCCCCAUUACUAAUAGGAGAAUGCAACUCUGUAGCUGCCAGUCCCAACGGACCAAGUAGCCCUAGUAAAGAAGCAUAACAUUUUGCAAUUUUCCUAGUCUGAAUUUCAGCCAAGUAGCAAAAAAGCAUGUGUAGAAUAGUACUUCUUGUAAACUUUGCACUUUUGACGUAUAAUUGCGAGUCCAGACCCACUCUUUACCAAAACAGAGGUGUGCUUUUUCUCUGCAUUCGAUGUCACCUUAUGCUCCAGCUGAAAUUUGCCCACAGCUGAGCGCUUGGUUGCCACACCAGAAUGGGAGCAGUGAGAACAGCGUGAAUGGAGCUCUGAAAUAUCUGCAUGGGGUCAGGCUGGAUGAGUUUCAAGUGCAUUUCAUGAAAUGCAAGGGAUGACACAGACUGGUGAUGGAACUCUGUGGAAUGGAGACAGGCUGAGAGGCCCCCAAGACGUCAAGAUUUCAGUGGUUAUCAUGCUUCAUGUACACUGCUUGGUUUAAUUUGCAAGGCGGUGCUUUCACAGCAUGCGUCAUCUACGUGUGUGUGCGUGUAACCCCACUCAUACCAAAGUUAAGUCCGACGGCUUGGAAGUUCAUGAGUGCGGGGUUUUACUUUUUUAGAAGACUCUGACUUCCGUCUGAGGGAUGGAGGGUCAAAUGUCAAAGAUUCAUGUCCUGGAGUAGCUCUUUAGUCUCAGUUCAUCCAUUCAAUCACCAACCAGUCUGUACUGCUUGGUAAAACAGCUCUAAAAUCAUUACUUACCGUAGUGGUAAAGUUACACGAUCUCUUUUGUGGACAGGGCUCGAAUAAUGUGGUCAACUCAGAAUAGACUGUAGGUUAAAGGAUCAAAGCACAAGUUGUCAAUUUGCCUUUAACCCCUUCGCACCGGAAAGCGGUAAGAGCCGCCGUAAAAAUUGAGAUCCCUCAGCCCGCUUUUCAGCUAUU